UCCCUAUCAGUCCUCUCACCAAGUCCUCUCCUGGUCACCUCUCUUGCCAUCCCUCUUACUGGCUUUCUCCUGCUCCCUCUCCCAUCCUCGCCCUCCCGGCCCUGCCUGGCCCAGCCAGCCCUCUCUCCCAGUCUCAUCCAAGUCCCUUUCUCUCUGCCUCUGGUCUGGCUCCCUUGUCCCCUUGUGUCCCCGCCCUGUCCCCUUUGUGCCCCUUCCUCUCUCUUUCUCUCUCCUUCCCUGGCCUGGCGUCUCUUCUCCACCUCUAAUUCUCUUCGGCCCAACCUCCCUGUUCCUUCUCUGCCCUGCUUGUCACCAUGCUGACCCCAAUGGUGGCUGGGGGGGUGGUGUUCCCCGGACUCUUCCUUCUCUCCAAGAAUACGCUCCAGAGGCUGCCCCAGCUGCGCUGGGAGGAGGCUGACGCGGUCAUUGUCUCAGCCAGGCUAGUGUCUUCCGUCCAAGCCAUCAUGGCUUCCACAGCUGGCUACAUCGUCUCCACCUCCUGCAAGCACAUCAUUGAUGACCAGCACUGGCUGUCCUCUGCCUACACACAAUUUGCUGUUCCCUACUUCAUCUAUGACAUCUACGCCAUGUUCCUCUGCCACUGGCACAAGCACCAGGUUAAAGGGCACGGAGGGGAUGAUGGGGCACGCCAAGCCCCAGGCAGCACCUGGGCAGUGGUGCGCGGCUACCUGCACAAGGAGUUCCUCAUGGUACUCCACCAUGCCGUCAUGGUGCUGGUGUGCUUCCCACUGUCGGUGGUGUGGCGACAGGGCAAAGGAGAUUUCUUUCUAGGCUGCAUGUUGAUGGCAGAGGUCAGCACCCCCUUCGUCUGCCUUGGCAAGAUCCUCAUCCAGUACAAGCAGCAGCACACACUGCUGCACAAGGUCAAUGGGGCCCUGAUGCUGCUCAGCUUCCUGUGCUGCCGGGUGCUGCUCUUCCCCUACCUGUACUGGGCCUAUGGGCGCCACGCUGGUCUGCCCCUGCUUGCUGUGCCCCUGGCCAUCCCGGCCCACGUCAACCUGGGUGCCGCCCUGCUCCUCGCCCCCCAGCUCUACUGGUUCUUCCUCAUCUGUCGAGGGGCUUGCCGGCUCUUCCGACCCCGAGGCUCCCCACCACCCUCGCCCUGUCAGACCCAGGACUGAGGGUGGGGCUGGGGACCUGCCCCACUGUACCCCAAGGAGACAGGGCUUGGGGCAAGUGGUGGGGAGUGAGAGUCAGGGCCCCUUGCCUGACAGCCCCAAGACUAGCAGGUGGACUUGGAAGGGGAAGGGGACAUCUACCCUCAGGGGCUGAGGACAGGUGACAGAGUACAGGGAGAGGGGAUCCCUUCUCCCCACAGUGCCCCAGCUGGCCUUUUGAGCCCCUUCCUGCACACCCUGUGGGAGCACACAGGGAGCUGAGGGUCACUGGGGAGACGACAGGGACUAAGGGGACCAGGAGUCAAAGGACACAGAGGUGGGCCCUCCCGCUCCACUCCCCAUCAUCUAGGAAGAGAGAACACCCUAACU